UUCGUAAAGUAUGUAUUAGAGACGUAUACAUUAGUAAAUAGCAUUUUGCAGUAAAAUGUUUGGUUUAAGUUAUCGAUUAGCUUUAAUAUUAAUAAUUGUGGCUGUGCUGGCGAAAGUUUACCAGCGACAAAUUGUCGAGAUAUUUGAAAUUGCAGCUGCGCGGUAUUUAGACUACGCCACCACAAAGGAUGGCGAAAGUGUCGCAGUUGAGUUUACAGAAACACGCGGCUCCGUUCUCCUCCUAACACCCGAAGAGUUGGCCACGUAUAACGGGGAGCAAGGUCGUCCCAUCUAUUUGGCACUGCUCGGCGCCGUAUUUGAUGUGUCACGCGGCAUUAAGCACUAUGGACCCGGCUGUAGCUAUAAUUUCUUCGUAGGUCGCGAUGCAUCCGUAUCGUUUGUAACUGGCGAAUUCGAGAAUUAUGAUCCCGAAACGGCGGAUGAUGUGCUCAGCUUGAAGGGAAGCAGUCUUCUUGAGCUGGCAAAAUGGCAGCAGUUCUAUGAAAAGGACUAUGAGUACAAGGGCAAGCUGAUUGGACGUUUCUAUGACAAGAAUGGCAAGGAAACAACAUAUCAUCAAAAGUAUCUGGCACUCUUGGAUCAAGCUGAACGGGCAAAGGCCGAAAUCGAUGAGCUGCGCAACAAAUAUCCUGGCUGUAAUAUCGAAUGGUCGGAAGCGAAGGGCACCCGCGUCUGGUGCACACCAACGAGUGGCGAUGGCAAGCCAAGGGAGUGGAGCGGAUUCCCAAGGAAACUAUAUAACCGCGACAAUAAGAAUUUCCACUGCGCUUGCGUCCCCGAAGCGGAGUUAGAUGACCCCAUGUUCAAAUCGUACGACAACUGUGAUCCAAGUGCUGACGAAUGUUUUUAUCGUGUGUAAUGCCUUAACUUAAUAAUUGUAAGGUAGUAGUGUAGGUUUUUUUUGUAAAUGAUGACCAAUAAAAUUAAGUUAAAAAUAUCUCAUUCA